UCUCCUCGUCACUUUUUCUCGUUCAUUGACAUUAGGCAACUUCUCAGACGAAAGCAUCAAACAAAACACAUGUAACGUUAGGCUUCUCACAUAUUGCUUUCGCAUCUAGUUUGUGUUUUGAAAGUGAAAUCUAGAACCGGAAGUGACGAUUAUUUGCGUGUCUAUGCACCCUGCGGAGGGAUAUUAUAUAUAUAUUUUUUUUUAUCUUAUUGGAUUUUACAGGAAAUGCUACUUUCCUACAACUGUCAGCUGAACCCACGGAAUAAGCUAAAUCUCGACGCUCAAUUUGUAUAUUUUUUUCAAAUUGAGUCGUCUUAGCAAAAUGCAUGGGGAUGACAUAUUAGAACCGAUGAAGUUAGCUAGAUGCUAACCAGAUACGAAGCCAAACAGCACUACACCGCAUCUCAACCAUCUGGUAAACAAUACCCUGCACUGUAAUUUCAUCAACGUCACGUGAAUUCUGUGUUCCAUUUCUAUUUGUACCGUCCUUACAUGAUGAAGCAAUGCAUUUGAUCCCAUUUUCAUGGCAGAGACCCUGGUCAGAGUGAAGCAAAACCAUGGGGAAUCAACUGGCAGGGAUCGCUCCUGCCCAGAUCCUAUCUGUCGACAGCUACUUCUCUGACAUCCAUGAUCACGAGUACGACAAGAGCCUGGGCAGCACGCGCUUCUUUAAGGUGGCCCGCGCCAAGCACAGGGAAGGCCUGGUGGUGGUGAAGGUGUUUGCCAUCCAGGACCCAUCUCUACCUCUCACCAGCUACAAGCAGGAGCUGGAGGAGCUAAAGAUCAGACUGCACUCGUGCCAGAACUGCCUGCCCUUCCAGAAGGCCUCCCUCACUGAGAAAGCAGCCAUCCUCUUCCGCCAAUAUGUCCGGGACAACUUGUAUGAUCGCAUCAGCACGCGACCCUUCCUCAACAAUGUGGAGAAGCGCUGGCUAGCCUUCCAGAUCCUCACCGCCGUAGACCAGGCGCACAAAUCGGGCGUGCGCCACGGUGACAUUAAGACAGAAAACGUGAUGGUGACCAGCUGGAACUGGGUGCUGCUCACAGACUUUGCCAGCUUCAAGCCCACCUAUCUGCCUGAGGACAACCCAGCUGACUUUAAUUACUUCUUUGACACGUCUCGACGGAGGACAUGUUACAUCGCCCCCGAGAGGUUUGUGGAUGGGAGUAUGUUCACCACAGAGAGCGACCAGAACACCCCUCUGGUGGACCUCACCAGCAACAGCCAGAGGAGCAGGGGAGAGCUCAAACAGGCAAUGGAUAUCUUCUCAGCAGGUUGUGUGAUCGCAGAACUCUUCACAGAGGGAGUACCACUGUUUGAUCUCUCCCAACUUCUGGCGUAUCGCAAAGGACACUUCCAGACAGAGCAUGUUCUCAUGAAAAUAGAAGACCAUUACAUCAGAGAACUAGUGGCCCAGAUGGUGCAGCGGGAGCCGGAGAAGCGUCUGACUGCGGAGGAGUACCUGAAGCAGCAGAGAGGUAACGCCUUCCCAGACAUCUUCUAUACCUUUCUGCAGCCCUACAUGGCCCAGUUUGCCAAGGAGACCUUCCAGUCGGCAGACGAACGUGUGCUGGUCAUCCGCAAGGACCUGGAUAACAUCCUCCAUAACCUCCGCGGGGGAGGGUCAGGUGGGUCGACGGAGAAGCCUGAGAAGGGGGACCAGGAGUCGAGUGUGGUGUCGACCAAGGAGGAGCAGGGUCUGGUGGUGCUGGUGUCUGUCAUCACCUCCUGCCUCCAGACACUGCGUUCGUGCGACUCCAAGCUGGCGGCUCUGGAGCUGGUGCUGCACCUGGCGGGCCGCCUCAGGGUGGAGACGCUGCUGGACCGCAUCACGCCAUACCUGCUGCACUUCUGCAGCGACCUGGCGCCACGGGUUAGGGCUCAGGCCGUGCGCACCCUAGCCAAGGUGCUGGCGCUGGUGAAGGAGGUUCCCCGUAACGAUGUCAACAUCUACCCAGAGUACAUCCUGCCAGGCAUCGCCCACCUGGCGCAGGACGACGCCACCAUCGUCAGGCUGGCAUACGCAGAGAACAUAGCCCACCUGGCUGAGACAGCUUUGCGUUUUUUAGAGCUCGUUCAGGAGAAUAACCUGAAUAUGGAGCACGACUUGAAUGGGGAGGACACAGAGGAGACCCUCCACCCCAACGAGAACUACGACUCUGAGCUGCAGGCGCUUCAUGAGAUGGUGCAGCAGAAGGUGGUUACGUUACUGAGCGACUCGGAGAACAUUGUCAAGCAGUCUCUGAUGGAGAAUGGCAUCACGCGGCUCUGCGUCUUCUUCGGCCGGCAGAAGGCCAACGACGUGCUCCUGUCCCACAUGAUCACUUUCCUGAACGACAAGAAUGACUGGCACCUCCGGGGAGCCUUCUUCGACAGCAUCGUGGGUGUGGCGGCGUACGUGGGCUGGCAGAGCUCAUCCAUCCUGAAGCCCCUCCUGCAGCAGGGUCUGAGUGAUGCGGAGGAGUUUGUCAUCUACAAGGCCCUCAACUCUCUCACCUGCAUGUGCCAGCUGGGCCUGCUGCAGAAACCACACAUCUACGAGUUUGUCAGUGACAUCGCCCUAUUCCUGUGCCACCCCAACCUGUGGAUCCGCUACGGGGCGGUGGGCUUCAUCACCGUGGUGGCCCAGCAUCUCAACAUAGCAGACGUCUACUGCAAACUGAUGCCUCACCUCAACCCCUUCAUCACCCAGCCCAUCAUACAGAUUGAUAAAGAGAUAGUACUUCUGAGUGUGCUGAAGGAGCCAGUGAGCCGCUCCAUCUUCGACUACUCCCUGCGCUCCAAAGACAUCGCCAGCCUCUUCCGCCACCUGCUGCUGCGGCAGAAGAAGCGCAGCGGCUCACUCCCAGAAUGCCCCAUUCCGGAGGACCCCGCCAUUGCCCAGCUGCUUAAGAAACUGCUCUCUCAGGGGAUGACGGAGGCUGAAGAGGACAAGCUGCUAGCACUGAAGGACUUCAUGCUCAAGUCCAACAAGGCCAAGGCCAACAUGGGAGACCAGAGCCACCUGGGGGAGGCAGUCCAGAGCGGGGUCAUUGACCUGGCCACGCUGGGCAUCAUGGGACGCCAGGUGGACCUGGUCAAACCUAAACAGGAGGCCGAGGACAAGAGAGCCCGGAAACACACCAAACAGGACUCCAACAUGAAUGAAGAGUGGAAGAGCAUGUUUGGCUCUCAGGAGUCAGCGGCUACGGCACCACAGCUCCCCACGGUGUCUGAAGGGGCGGGGACUCAGACCAGGAAGACCACAGCCUCCCUUGGUGUCCCUGUGGGGCAGUCUGCAGGCGCAGUCUCAACCUAUCAGCGUCGUCUCAACACGUGCAAGGCGGAGCUUCAACAUUUGGUGCAGCAGAAGAGGGAGCAGUGCAGCGCAGAGCGCAUGGCCAAGCAGAUGAUGGAGAGCGCUGAAUGGGAGAGUCGUCCGCCUCCGCCAGGGUGGCACCCUAAGGGUCUUCUAGUGGCCCACCUCCAUGAGCACAAGUCUGCUGUCAACCGUAUCCGUGUGUCAGACGAGCACUCCAUCUUCGCCACGGCCUCCAACGACGGCACCGUCAAGGUCUGGGACAGCCAGAAGAUGGAGGGCAAAACCACUACCACCAGGUCAGUGCUGACGUACUCCCGCAUCGGGGGCCACGUGAAGACGUUGACCUUCUGUCAGGGCUCACACUACCUGGCUGCUGCCUCAGACAACGGUUCCAUCCAGCUCCUGGCCAUCGAGGCCAACAAGCCCCCCAAAUCACCCAAAGUUAACCCCUUUCAGACCAGGUUCCUGGACCAGAAGGAUGACGGCUGCGUGGUGGACGUCCACCAUUUUAAUUCUGGAGCCCAGUCUGUGCUGGCCUACGCCACGGUGAACGGCUCCCUGGUGGGCUGGGACCUGCGCUCCAACUCCAACGCCUGGACCCUCCGCCACGACCUGCGCCUGGGCCUCAUCACCUCCUUCACCGUGGACAUGCACCAGUGCUGGCUCUGCCUGGGUACAAGCAACGGCACUAUGGCAUGCUGGGACAUGCGGUUCCAGCUCCCCAUCUCAAACCACUCCCACCCUACCCGAGCACGAAUCAGACGGCUGCUCAUGCACCCGCUCUACCAAUCCUCCGUCAUUGCUGCGGUCCAGGGCAACAAUGAGGUAUCCAUGUGGGACAUGGAGACGGGGGACAGGAAGUUCACGCUGUGGGCCAGCUCUGCUCCCCCUCUCUCAGAGAUGCAGCCGUCCCCCCACAGUGUCCAUGGGAUCUACUGCAGCCCUGCAGACGGGAACCCCCUCCUCCUCACAGCCGGCUCCGACAUGAGAAUCAGGUUCUGGGACUUGGCUUACCCAGAGAGAUCCUACAUUGUGGCAGGUGGAGCCAAUGAACCGCUGCACUGUCCCUCAGUCCUCUACAGCCGCAAGAUCAUCGAGGGCACCGAGGUUGUACAGGAGAUCCACAGCAAACAGAAGAGUGGAGCCACAGAAGACGCACCCCGCAGGGGCCCAGAGUCCCUCCCCGUGGGCCACCAUGACAUCAUCACUGACAUCGCCACUUUCCAGACCACACAGGGCUUCAUCGUCACUUCAUCCAGAGACGGCAUCGUCAAAGUCUGGAAAUAAACUGCCCCUUUCAGGCCCUCACACUCUCGCUGACACACACUCACACAUCCAACCAACCACACACACUAGUCCUCAACAUCUUCACCCCAGAGUUUUGAUCUAUGUUGUAGACUUUUGUACAUAGUAUAUUUUAAAGCUAAUUAAUAUAAGAGAAGCUUCUGGAAAUCCUGUCGCAAAAUACAAGUAGAUGUUAACCCUUUGUUUGUAAUGACAUUCACUGAAGUCACAAUUAUGCAAUGCCUGAUAUCUGUUUAUGUUAAACUGCUCAAGAAGUGUCAAUAAAGUUUGGUAUGAUGAAUGAA